AUGGAUCCGUUGAGGACUACUUGCUUCUAUUUUCUUUUUAUCGUCUUUUUCAUCCUUUAUCCGAGUUGCCUAUGCGAUUCUCGCCGUCUUGGACCAAUGGAGAAGAAACUUGGUGUAGAUCGUGACCACUUAAUUGCGGUGAAACGGGAGAUUACAAAACAAGGCGCUACCUCAACAAACGAGACAAAUACUUUAUUGAGUGAAGCACCGAUCGAACAUGCUCAUGGUCAGAUCAAUGGGAAUAGUACGCAGGACGAUUUCAGAGUAAAACGUGCUUCACUAGACAAAACCAUGCCGUCUAAGAGAGUCUCGAGAACUUGGAAAGUUCCUAAAUAUUCAAAGAAGCAGCCAAGAUAUCAGGAACAUCCAGCACUCAAUCUCGAUUACAUGCAACCCAGCACCCAUCCGCCUCAUCAUAAUUAACUUUCUAUUGAUCAAAUUUCUACAUUUUGACUCGUUUAAUAUAUGGUCACAAACGACCUAGUUUGA